AUGCAUGCAUUCGCACAGAUCUUCGCUCGUCAAUUCUAUCAUAACGAAGUAUACGCGCCCACGCCUUGUGUAGCUGCCCAUCGCAGUGUAGCUUUUAGAGCUUACAACACUACGAAUAACGAUAGGCUAGCUCGGGACUGGUUUCGUGACCAAGUCCUUGCAAUGGGAGCUGACCACAAGGCCAAUACCACUGGUACUCAAUUUGCAGUGUUUCUUAGCAAGGACAACAGUAUAACACUAAUUGCUAUGGGUACCUAUCUAGACACUUCAAUAGUCACCGAAGCUCAUGCCUUGAAGAGUAACGACCACCCCGGAAUUGCGGUGGGUUGCGAGCUCGCUAAGAUUGGAUAUGUAGGGAACGGCCCUAAUACCUUUAAGGAGUUUCUGAUCAGUACUCACUUCGAAAUCCAUGUUGAACAAUUCACCGAUCUUGAGGAAGCUGGUACACCCGUUGGAGAAGACUGUCAUACCAACACCUACCCAAUGUAUGGGCGAAGGGAUGCGUUGGUAGGAGCGGUGAAGGCCAUUGCUGCUGUCAAGGCACUGGCCUGUAAGCAGAAUGGCGAUAAUACCAUCACCAGCAUUCAUAGUGGACUGUGGGGUGCCUGCAACACCCAAAGCAGCACUAAAUUAUCCUUCUGCUUAAUGCACAAGCAGACCCAAGGACUAGAUCCAAUGAGUGUGGAUAUCGAGACUCAGGUCAAAGGAAUUACGGCGAUGCUCGCGAGCGUGUGGUCAGGAAGGGACCGGGAGCCGGACGGGUAUAGGCCACGAUAUUACCAUGACUACGACUCUUAUACCAACGGUCGGCUUUUUGUGCGAGAAAAGGACGGCAUCAACUACAAUCCAAAGGGGUGGAGCGACAAAGAGGGUUCUAUGGAAGGGAUACUAGUGCUUGGUAAGGCCGUGCUGGACUUCUAUGAGCUCCUGAAGACGAAAGGGUCGAGGAUAGAAGUGAACUACAUAGAUUAUGUGAUUGUUUAA